CAAACUCCAUUACAUCAUAACUCUGCAACAUUUAAACAAUGAUGGCAGCUAAAAAUAACAAAUCAAACUUGCUGCAGCAGAACAGGAGUAGUUUAUUUUUAUUUAUUUUUUAUUUUUUUACAUUCAGACUGUGGCCUUUAGUUAAAUGCCAUCCAGGUCAUAGUACGUCCAAAAAAACAAAUACAAAGCUACAACACGGGGAACCAGACUCGACUGAGAGUUUUUUUUUAAGAUGUUCUCUCCUUAUCAGCAGCUUUAUUAGUUCUGAGUUCCUCUUGGAGGAGAGGUGAGCCCAUUCAUUUUGCUUUAGAUGAGUUUAAUGUGUUAUUACUAAAGUGUACAGUGGGUCCUGUGUUGAUAUAGGUCUAAUUAUUUUACAUAGUUUUGUCCUCUUGUGGAACUCUGUAAAACUGCACUGAGUCAAGUAGCAACAGUCAUGAGGCCUUGAAGGAGGCUGUUCAGAGGGUGGUAGGAUUUGGGGCCACUUUUUGCCAAAAAGAAAUCCAAACGUGUAAUCCAAAAUGUGAGAGUGACUUUUUUUCCCCCAGUAUUUACAAGAGUAAUUACGUUUGCAUUUGUAGGUGCUAGAUGGAGGAGUAGAGAGGCAGCUCUGUCUGGAACGUCUUAAAAACACUUGAUGUGUGCUGAUCUCAAGGAAUAAAUAACCCGGCUCACCGUGGGACUGGCCUGGACCAGCCACAGAUUCCCACGACCCCUCCUCUACACACACACACACGUACGCGCUCAUCGGCACACAGGCUGCAUAGGCGCACAAGCAGCGCGGACACCGAGAGCGAGGGAGCAGAGGGAGGCAGAGCGGCUUUGCACCACUUUUAGUAAAGACUGUAUUUUACUAGAAAAGCUUCGUUUCAGGCUCCGCUGUUGCGCUGCGCACCGCCCCAGUGAAGCCCGGGAUGAAACGCGUCUUGAACUGAGGAGGAAUUAUGUGAAAGUGUGGAUUACCCCGCGGAUCAAAGUGGAGGAGUGGGAGGAAUAACUCAGGGGUUAUUUGUUUUGAUAAUGCCGCGGAGCCAGUUUCUGCUUCGGAUUUCCGUCCAAAACAAGUCUGAAGCCAGAGGAUGACAGCUGCCAGUCCAGUCUGCAGCCACGCCUCCUCCCACUCCGCCCCCUCCUCACCCGUCUGCCUCUCAGCGUGCCACAGGCACCUGAGGAGAAGCGAGGCCCUCCAGACCAAGCUGCACCUGGGUUCCGCCCCGGGCGUGUGGCUGCUGCUGGGCGUGGUGGUGGUGCUGGUGGGGAUGAGCGUGGCGGUGGCCGGCUACGUCUCGGCGGCGCCGCCGAAGCCCGCGGCGGGCGGGCGCGGGAGCACCCACGUCGAGAGGAUGAAACUGGCCGGGCCCGUCGUCAUGGGAGUGGGCCUCUUCAUCUUCAUCUGCGCCGCCACGCUGCUGUACGAGAACCGGGACCGGGAGAUCCUCAGGCAGGAGACGCCCGACGACCUUGAGGAUCUGAAGGGGGGGAGCUGCUGGGAGGACUCGCAGGAGCAGCCCAGCUUCGGCUGCCAAGAGCAGUGGGAGUGCAGGGAUGGGGAGCAGGGCUGCUGGGCCACUCCUGCCCACACGCAGUCUCUCCCGAGCCCCCCCUUUCCUCAUCCGGAGUCAAACAGACACAACAUCACCAGCGGAGAUUCACCGCCUCCUCCUCCGCCUCCUCCUCCUGGUGCGGGAGGCAACGACAGCGACGAGCGGGGCGGAAACGAGGAGGAGAAGGAGGGGAGGUCAACCCUGCUGGCCCGAGUCCUGCACCACCAGGAGCCGACCCCUCACCCUCCCUCCCCCUGCCUCUCCAUCUCCCGCUCCUCCGUCUACUCAGACUCCUGCAACUCUAGCGAAAUCAACUUCAACAUACGGACAGACUCUGUCAGCGCCGCCUAUUAACUGAACCCCCUCCACCGCUACCGUCUCAUGAAAUAUGCAUGAUGAGACACACUUAAAAGUUUCACGUGCGCGCACACACACACACACUAACAAGACUAUGCAUUCCUCAAUAAACUGAUGAAAUGUUUGUCGGUAUGUUUUAGUGCCUCCGAAUGGCGCAUUCGCUGUGACUCACGGCCUGCGAAGGGUGUUUUUGUCCUACAUCGUUCUGUGACUCACCCACAUUUGAAAUGCUGUUUGAUGUCAGCUCGCCAUCUUGUUGUCUCCGAAUUCAACCCGUGCCCAAAAGUCCCUAAAGCCACUACUGGUUUGACCAUAUUUGGACGUGAGGAGGUUUGCAGGAAAGUUAUUUAGGUACCAUACUGGGAGACGGACGCGGCCCCUCCCCUCCCUCUUUCUCUCGCUCACACACAUCUUCCCUGCAGGAGUCUAUAUUUCCCCGCUGAAGAGGUUCAGUUGAGAGGACGAGGCAGAUUAAGUCUUUAUCUAAUCUCACGACCAUAGUGCUCUCUUCAUCCGGCGAAAUUGUGCCUCAGCAUAAACAAGAGAAGCACACAAGGCCACACUCCUCUCACUCGACACCUACAGCCACGCUAUAAAUACCAGCUGGUGCUCUGAACACAUGCAAGAUCGAGUUUUUUUUUUCUUCUUCUUCUUUUGCUGUAAUUCAACAUUUUCUUCUCUGAUAAAGCAAAGAGUCAGUCGCUCAGAUUUCUGCAGAGAUCUUAAAGAAUUUCAAUCAGAGGCUGGGUUGAAAGAAAAAGAGCAACAACUUUACAAAAAAAACUAAAUAAAUAAAUAAACCCGG